CACUUUAUAUACUCUACGUUUGAUGGAUUGCGUCCGUUUGAUAUAUUUUGAUUUGAUCGAAUUCAUGAAUCAUCAUCACGUACCGGUUUUCGAUUAAAUUUCGUAGAAAAGUAAAUAUUCAAGCGAUUUGAAAUUCAGCAUAAUUUAAUAAUAAAUUUGAUUUAUUCGUACUGAAACAGUUGCAGACAACAGAAGACAAUAGAAUACUUCGGUUAACUGCCACAGAUCAAAAUGUCUACGACAUCACAAAAGCACCGGAAUUUUGUGGCAGAACCAAUGGGAGAGAAACCUGUGACCGAGCUUGCUGGCGUUGGGGAAGUCUUAGGGAAAAGAUUAGAAGCUGCAGGUUUUGAUAAAGCAUAUGUAGUACUAGGUCAAUACUUAGUGCUAAAGAAGAAUAAGGAAUUAUUUCAAGAAUGGAUGAAGGAUGCUUGUUCAGCAAAUGCAAAGCAGUCAACAGAUUGUUAUCAGUGUUUAACUGACUGGUGCGAAGAAUUUUUGUAAAGUAAUUGUGACAUAAAUUUGACAGGAGUGUAUGUGUUUCUUAAAAACAGAAUAUUAAGUACAGUUUUAUAAUACUAACUAAAUAAAAUUUACAUUUGACUGAA